GUGCAUUUUAACUUCUGACGUAAUGAUGAAAGUAUUUGAUUCAACAAUAAUUUUCUAUUUAUUCAUCUAUCCUUAGACGAUUAUUAGUUAAGCCAUACUAACACUAAUAAUUUAAUUAUAUAUUGUCGGUUAGAUUUAAUGACUUAUUCAAAGAAAGCGGUAUACUGACCAAUUUUCUCACUUGAUGUAAUUCUGAAAAUUUGAGAUGUAUGCCAACUCUUCCAAUAAGUUGGUUUUAUGAGUCAUGCUGACCAAUCAUUAGUUGCAGCCCUCCUCCAUGACAAAAGGGACAAAUCUUGAGCUUAUGUUGCUGCCUAUAAAUACACUGUAAUAUACUGUAGUACCAUAUCCCAGGUUGUCUUAGAAACUGGUCUGAAAACCCAGGCCAGCCUGCUUUUUUCAAUUCCUUGUUUGUAGAAUGGAGAAUUCUGUGUUUUCUUCAAGCAGUGCUCCCUGUUCUAAACCAAACACACCUCAUUCUCCUGAGGAGAGCAGUUGGACUAUGUAUUUUCAAGGCUUCAAUGACAAUGAUGAACACACUUCUUUCUCUUCAUCUCCCUAUGGAAAAACUGAUCAUACUCUUGCUUCCCAUGCCUCUCCUUUAGCCCCUCAAGAACCUUCUAACUAUCAUGAUAAUCGUAAGAAACCAUGGCGGAACUUGAUUGGGGUUGCAGUUGAUGAUGAGCUUGAGGACACUGCUAGCUCUCCUGUCAAUAGUCCCAAGGUUUCUCACAUCAAUCAUGAAGGAAAGGGGAAUUUUAGUCUUUCAAAGGGAAAGGGAGGUGAUUCUGGGCAGAAUGAAAUGGAUGUGAGGGGAAGGGAUGAUGGUGAGCCUACAGACGAAUCAGACUUGAAGAAGAAGGGUCUGUGCUUAGUACCUAUGUCUAUGAUCACAAAAUAUAUUGGUUAAACUUUUUAUCUUUUUUUUUUGGGUGAAUAAUUUGGUCUUAAAGAGUACCACUUCACGAGAGAACAAAAGUUUCUCAGUGAAGGAUAAGAAAAGACAUGUAUAGUUGCUUCUCCAAGAGAAGAUUUUAUUAGUAAAGAUAAAGAGAGUAGAGAUUCUGUGAGGGUAAAAUGCUAAAUGCCCUCCACUACAAUAAUCCUAGAUUGUACCAAUCUUUCUGUCUUUUGUGAA